AUGAAUGCGCAGCUCUCCUCCGCCCUCGACGGGCUCGAAAACAAACUCAACUCUCUAUUGACAUCUCUCACCACCCCAGCUGCCACAGGAGCCCCCGCUGCAGCAAUCGCACUCCUUGAAGCCGACGAUGUCGUCUCUUCCGCUCUAGAUACCUUACGAAUCCACCAAGCGAACUAUGCCAAAAUCCUACACUUGCGCACCGAAGCACAAAACCUCGAAGAGCGGAUAAAGACUAUUGUACGCGAUAUCUCGGGCGCCGGGAAGGAAAUUGCUCAAGCCACAGGGGAGAAUGACGACGAUGACUACGAGAUGGAUACGGACGAUGAGGAUGAAGACAAUGAGUCUGACACAGAUACAGAGAGUGAGAACGGAGACACAAUCGGCCAGCAAAAGAGACCCCAAAAGGGAAGAAAGAAAGAAGUAGAUUACAAACUCCUUCUAGAGUUUGCGCGCAGAAUCAGCAAAUACAACAUUCAAGCAGCGGCGGAUGCCACAAGUGGAGUUUUGGGGACGACAGGCUCGACGACAAAGAAACUACAAGAGAAGCAACUCGAAGAUGCGAAGAUGAUCGAUGCCAACGGUCUAGCUGAGCAGGAACAACAGCAGCAGCAGCCGGGCGGAGAACAGGAAGAAGUUACAGUUGGAACCGUGACAAAGGAAGCUACAAGCUGGCUCGAAGAGUCGGCCGAUGCAGAUCGGCAGUACUUUAUGAUUCCGUAUCCGAACGAAGAUCGUAUACGUAUGGGAUUGAUGGGUCAGUUGCAGGUGGCUGCAGUGGAUGGAAAUGCUGAUCCGGAGAAAGAGGCGGAGCGUAUGGUGCAGGAGGCUGAGGGUAUUGCGGGUGUUGCGAGUGGUCCGGCGGACGUGCAGCCUCGGCCCCAGACGCUUGCUGAUGAGGCUGGGAUGGCCGCUAUGAAUGCCGGAGCACAUGCUGUCGCGAGACCUGCAGCGAAGCCGGCGGCGCCUGCUCAGCCUAGACCGACGCUGGAUUUGGAUCUUUAUGAUCCUGAAGAUGAUGAUUGA